AUGAAACCCUCGCAACCCUUUCCCCUCCUCGCCGCCGCCGCCGCUGCCGCAGCCACCAGCGCACACGCCAUCAACAUCCUCCAAAGCAACGACGACGGCUGGGCCGAAACCAACAUCCGCACCCUCCACGCCACCCUAACCAACCAAUCCCACAACGUCAUCCUCUCCGCCCCCGCCGACAACAAAUCCGGCUCCUCCAGCCUCGACUCCCCCCCACUCCCGCGUCUCACCCCCUGCCAAUUCUCCAGCUGCCCGGCCCCCGGCCCCGCGGUCGCCACCGACCCCGAGAAUCCGCGCGCCCAGUACGUCAAUUCCUUCCCCGUCACGGCCCUCAAAGCGGGCAUCAACGAUCUAGCCCCCUUAUUCUUCGGUGGAGGUGGAGGUGAAGGAGGGCAAAAAGUGCAGUUGGCGGUCACGGGCCCCAACGUCGGCAGCAACCUCGACAUCCAGGUUCCCUUUAGCGGCACGGUGGGCGCGGCCGUCGAGGCCGUGAAGCAGGGCAUCCCCGCAUUGGCGUUCAGUGGACGGUCUGGCGAGCCGACGGCGUUUGGUGAGCAGACGCCCUUGUAUGCGCGGCUGUAUGCGGAUCUGGCGGCUGAGGUGGUGGCGGCUGUCACGGCGGCGGCACCAGAGGGGGCGUUUUUGCCCGAGGGGGUGUGGCUGAAUGUGAAUUUCCCGGAGGUCGUGGAGGGGGAGGGGGAGAGGUGUACGCAGGCCGGGGAGUUUCGGUUUGUGUUGAGUCGUAUUAAUCCGGGGAUCUUGAGCGGCGAGGAUGUGGAGACGUGUGGGAAUGGGGGAAGGCUGCCGACGGAGAGAAGUGUCGUGGAUACUGAAGGUGGGUGCUUUGUUAGUGUCAGUGUGGGGGACGCGGCGGAUAAGACGACGGCGGAUAAGGAGGCGCAGGAGGCGGUGCUAGCGCGCUUAGGGGGUUUCUUGAGCUGUUUGCCUUGA